UGUUACUACUCGCAGUGUAAAUCAGUUUCUCGGCGCACAGAGGCAUCAGUUCGCCAGAGGACUAAUGCAGGGAAUUUAACCCCUUGUUCUCAAACUCACCCGAACCAUCUUUUAAUCACCAUAUUUUAAUAAUGUGUCAAUAUCGUAGCCCACAGUAGGAGGAAGUUUGUUCGUUCUCCGUGGACAUUUCUCGCACUUUUCGCGGGACUAUGGCGGUGGAGCUGGUGGGGAAGCGCUGCCUGUGCGUGAGCGCCGGAGAGCGGUUGGAGCUCGCGGGGAUCUCGCGCUGGAGCUGGAGAACCGGACUCAUCCGCGCCGCCGCUGACCCGAGCGCGAUAACGGUGUGUGUGCACUGGGACGGCGAGCUGAGCACAGAGAGGAAGUGGAGGAGACUCCGAGAGGAAUGUGAGGUGGUUUUGUUGGAGCAGGAACUCGUCUGGGCCACCAGAAGAACCAGCACAAAUGGCAACAGCAGCAGCAGCAGCAGCCAGGAGAAGAGGCAACUGCAACCAGCCCUGAGAUUCCGGCCUCUGAUUGGUCAGUCAUGCGUAGGAGGCUGGACGGUGGUGGAGUUCAUCUCUGACAGACAGCUGGAGUUCUACACUGAACAGGAGGAGCUCCAGCCAUUCGAGGAUGAAGUGGACGGUGGAAAUGCAGCUGCGAGAGAUGAUCCGUCUCUGCAGGAACGGGUCCAAGCCUGGCUCAAACAAAACCGAUUCCAGAACAUUCUUCAGCGAGGUCCUUGUUCUCUAAAGGGCCUGAGAGUAAAAGUGUUCAGACAGGAGUCCCAAACCCAGUGGCUGUCUGGAGUCAUCACACAUCACGACCAGAACAACAGAACCGUAGCUGUCAUGACCGACCAGGUUGGGGAGAUUGUGAACGUAGAUCCGUCGCUGGUUCAGAUGAUGUUGCUUGAUGAUAUCACCCACUCCUUGCUGAUGGGAGACAACUCAAAUCACAAGCCACAUAUCACCAAGAUCAACAGGAGUUUUCUUGGCACAGGAAGCAUAUCAAACAACACUACAACAAAUGACCAGGAGUGCAGCUCCAGGCCGGUCCAGCAGCACUCUGAGAUGAGCACACAUAACUGCAGCAUGGAGGAGGAUGAAGAAGGCAUGAGGGUCGAAAAGAGGAGCGAUGAGGGAAGAGAAUCUUCCAAAUCUAAAAACAGUAAUGUUGAGAGAAAAAGGAGGAAAGACGAUGAGGAAAAAGAUGACAAGAAGAGAAAUAGAUGUGGUUUAAAGCGGUUGAAAGCAGGCAGUGUGUCUGACUUGUCAGAGAACAGUGAUUCCGAAAAUUCCAGCUGCAGAGUGCAGGAUUCAUCCUCGGAUUCAGGAUCAAAGAGGCAGCCAAAUCAGCGUUACACUUCAAAGAGGCCAUUGGACUGUGAGGUUCACCCCUCCCAUAGAAGCAGGGAACCUUCGCCCAACGAGACUCAGAAAAUGGGAAAAACUUCUCCAUCCAGUUCCCCUAGUGCUUCCUGCAAUGGAGCACUCAGGGGCACUGAUGCACUUGAGUCUGUUGCUCCUGUUAGUGGUGGGAAAUCUGAAGAGAAAGGCGAUGUAGUAAUGACAGAAAUAGAGGAGAGGAGUGAGGGGGCGUCUCUGGAGGACUCGGAGGCCGUGUCUGCGCUUCUAGCGUCCCAAGAGAGUGAGCAGCUGGUCUCCAUGGAAAGCACAUGUGUGCUGAUACCUGCAUCACCUCUGGACUGUGAAGGAGCAAGAGGUGAGCACGAGUUGUCAACGAAUGAUCCAGAGGUCAGAAGGUCAGAGUUCACCCACGCAGAGUUUAACCAUUCAGAGGUCAGGAGGUCAGAUUUUCCCCAUUCUGAGGCCAGUACCUCCAGCAGUGACACUGCAGUCCCAGUAGAAGAGGAGCCUAGAGCACCACCGCCUUGUUCUCCAGUCGUACCUUGCAAUAAAAAGGAGGAUGUGGAUUCUAAACAGAGUUGUUUGCCAGCAGAAUAUGGACCUGUAAUCUCCUUGGAAGCUACCCACAAGCCUAGUGUGCUCACCAGUCCUUGCUCCUCUCCUGAGAUCAUUUCUAAACCCCAGAUUCUACGAGAGAUGUCCAGGGAGAAGCAGAAUGCAUCUCUAGAGAUGGGCCUGUUGAAGGACGGCGCUCCUCUGACUAAAUCUGUGGACAGAAGUCCUAGCAGCCUUAUAGUGUCACCCAAUCCCAAAGUGACCUGCUCCACAACUCCAGUCCUGAUUCAGACUCCUUCUCCAACCCCAAACGGAUCCAGAACCCCAACACAUUCUCCUCCUUGUACACCUCAUCGCACUCCUACUCCUGAUAAGUCCACCAAAAGUCCCCUCAUUGUGGACAGGAAGGAGCCCUUCACUAUCUACAGAGACCCAGCAUUAAUCAGGACGGAGCUUGAGUCCCACCCAACCUACAAUCAGCCCCCUCACACGCCCCCAAACCCCAAACACCACCUUAAGACGCCUUCUCCCUCCUCCAGCUCUCCUAGCCUUAUGCCUGUUUCCUCCCACAGCAAGCUACUGAGUCCCUCUCCUCGCCCUGCACACCUCUCACCUAUUACACUCCACUCCCAGCCUCCCCUCUGUUCCCAGAGUACACCCCACUCAACCAUCCCUCAUCCACACCUCCUCCCAUCCCUCCUGCCUGCACUGUCCCGGUCUGCCUCAAUCUUGACUGGACAUCCUCAUAUCAGAGCCCUGGGACUUCCCCACCAUCCUUUAGCCCUUCCAGGGAACCCGUCUCUCCUGGGCCAGACCUCUGGUGCAGCUCCUCUAGCACCUCUUGGUCUCUAUCCCCUCCUGUGGCCUCCUUUCCCCAACGGAGCCCAUAGCUACCCUGGACUGGGCCUGCAAGCAUCCAAAUGGACCCAUCCAGAUAGUGCUGGCAUCCCUGACAGCAGCAUGAGGAGUAACCCCCCAAGCCCUUGGAUUUCUCAGCCCACCGCAGUUACUAAUGCAGAUGGUCAAGGGUUGCAACCCCCACUGCCCAUCCAACCCUCCAGUGCGGACCCUCAGAGAGUGUGUAGGAGCACUCAGCUUUGCACACCCUCCUCCAAAACCAUAGAAGAGCUGGAUAGAAGAGCUAUCACUGAGAGCACACUCAGCCAUACUCACCUCAAGUAUGAACAGGAGCGUCUCCGCACAGCAGCGGGCAAAAACGGGCAGACUUACUGCCCAGUCACCCUUGAGUCAUCCCCAAGUCGUACCAAACAGCCACUUGUUGUUUAUGAUCUCACAGCCGAGAGACCUAACCGCUACCUGGAAGAGAACCGCCGCAUUCUUCUGGAGAGCAGCGAGGUGGCACCGUUCACUGCUAAACUGGGCUCGGAUAGGGAACUAAGAUACCCUAGAAACCCCACAUCUGCCCUUUCCUCAAAUGAGAGGGAGAUAGACCGAGAGAGAGAUGUGCAUGCAUUCAGACACACUCUACCUCCCCGGCCACAGUCAGCCCAUCCCACCCCAACUCUCACUCCGAGCAGCUACUAUGCCUCUCUGUCUAACAGUGUGGAGAACAAGCCUCCACAGCGCAGAGUGCCAGCCAACAAAGAACUCUAUGAGAGGCUUAGUGCCAGUAACACCGUUGCCCCUGUCUUAACUUCCUCCAGCUCACAGGUCUCAAUGAGAGCCAGACCUCCGCCUCUUGUUAAACGCCACCAUGAGAAGGAAGAAGGUCUGCUGAGAAAGAUCACAGAGCAACUGGCUCAUAAAGCAUCUUCCUUGGAAGCAGUAGAGAUAGCGGCUGUUGAGAGAAGGGGCCCAGGCUCAUCUCUCGUUUCUGUCUCCUCUUCUCCACGCAAUGUGCCUUUACUCCACCGUGCCCCUAUUUUUCACCCUCCGGCACCAACCAAUGUGGUUUCAAAAGACUCUGGACAUGGCAGAUUCUCCCCACCUACUCUCACACCUGUUCAGCCAACCAGCUUGCCAGGAAAAGUUCAGAAGCAACAGAGGCCACCCACUUUGUUGCCUGAACUCAAUCAUGUCGCCUUAGACGGGAAAAGACCUGUGCCAGAGAAAUCAACAAUGCCAUUGCAGCCCUACGAUACCCAAUGGGGUGGAGUCAUGUAUGGCAGAGAGAAAGUGGGUGGUGGGCACACAACAAAUGGAGGUGUAGUCAAAACACAGUCAGCCACUGCAUCAGUCAUUGUACGUCCAACAAAUCACACACAUACAAGUUACACAGUGUCUGACAGCUCAGUUUCCCAGAUGCAGUGCAGCCACAUAAGACCAUUGGAAAGUUUGUCCAACCCACACUCAAAGGAGGGCAGUGUUCACCAUAAGAGAGGUGUCCUGUGGACCCCUUUGGAUACUGUUCACCCUAUCAACAUGACAGCUCAAAUGGGAGAUCUCAAUACACCAAUAAACAUGACAACUAAUCCUAUUAACACAGCUCAACCGAGUCACCCCUUAAAAAAUGUGAAUGUCACACACUCUAGAAUAGAACUAAUCGCAGAAUACUGCAAGAGGAGAGAUAGUGGUGCUGUUCAGCCGAAGAUGGAGUCCUCUCCCACCACUUUUUGCACUUCUAGAGACUUCCCUCAUCUGAAGAAACACAGAGCUGGACUGGCUCUUGCUGAAUCUAGAUAUAACAUGCAAAUGAUCCAGCCUCAACACACUACACAUCCUUCAAACGCUAUAAAACAUACCCCUCACCUCUCAAAUAGUAGGUGUGAGUCUUGCACUAUGCUCACUACACACCCUGUGUGUUCUGCACAUGCUUCAGGAAGAGAAAAAGAGACCUUAUUCAACACUAGUUCUUCUGAAUGUCUCAGACUAGCAUCAGGGACUUCCAGCCCUGUACCAACAACCAAACAAGGUUUGCUAACCAAUGAGCAGGCACCUGCUUCGGCCGUAACCAACCAGUCUCAAUCUGGUCAGAACAACUACCAUAAGCUGAAAAAAGCUUGGCUGACCCGUCAUUCUGAGCAAGACCGAGACAGCAUGGUCUCCCAAACAGUAGAUGGCGCUAAGACAGCUGUAACUUUGACCGGCACAAGCACUUCUAUGCCAAUCAAACCGAAAGUUAACGGAUUGGUGGAUAAUGGGUUCAGUCAGGAGGCUAAAGAUCCCUCCCUAGACAGCAGAAAGUUCAAAAUAUUAAACAAGAAGACUGCUCAAGACAACAGGAAGUCUAUUUCAGAGGAAAGGAGGUCUAAUAGUAAUGCUCUAAGUUUCAAUUCAGAGGACAAAAAAUCUGUCAUGGCCGAUGAAAAAUCAGUGACAGUGGGCAAGAAGUCUUCCUUGGAGGAUGUUAAACCUGUCUUGGACAGAAAUGGCAAGCUGGAAGUUAAGGAGUCCUUCGUGGAGGACAAGAAAUCUAUUGAAAAACGAUCAACCCCAGUAUACAUGAAGCCUGAGAGGGAGAAACGAGGCGAGAAACGGCCUUUAGAGUCCAGCGGAGACAGCGAGAGUGGAGGAGACCCUGGCAAUGAAAGCGAGAGUGGUGGAUCAGGACGGAAGUUUAAACGGCAGUCUAAGUCCUCUUUUAAAAUCAAGCAGAAUGACCACCAGAAGAAGAAAGCAGACGAGGACGAGGAGGAGGAAGAAGAUGAGAAGGCCAAACCCAGUGGAACUUUGCAAAGUGCAACAAAAGAUAAGCCUCAACAGAGACUUGCUAACAGCAGUGGCAUCCCUCACUCUGUGCUGAAAGACUGGAGGAAGGUGAGGAAGCUCAAGCAAACGGGAGAAGCAUUCUUACAAGACGACUCGUGUGGAGAGUUUGGGCCCAACGUGCAGAAGUGCAGAGAGUGUCGCUUGGAUCGCUCGCGUAAAUCUCAGGAGCCUGCCAUCUCACCUGUCUUCUGCCGAUUUUACUACUUCCGACGUCUGUCAUACAGUAGGAACGGCGUUAUCCGUGUGGAUGGGUUUUCGGGGUCUGAGCAGACAGAUGAGGAGGCAGUUACGGUGUGGACAGGCAGCUCAGAGGAUGAGGAGGACAAGAGAAGGAGAAAGAUGGACCUUGAGACAUCAAAAUCCGUCCUCGCGUUCAUCGGAGACAAGUUCUGCCAGCUCGUAAAGGCAGAGGACACUGCUUUCACCUGGGUCAAGAAAGACACUCAGAUCAUGUGGAAGCGAGCAGUGAGAGGUGUGAGGGAGAUGUGUGACGCAUGUGAGGCCACUCUCUUCAACAUGCACUGGGCUUGUCACAAAUGUGGCUUCGUGGUUUGCAUGGACUGCUACAAAGCCAGAGAGAAUAAGAAAGCCAAAGAUAAGGAACUGUAUGUCUGGGUACGAUGCGUGAAGAACCAGCCACACGACUUUAAGAACUUAAUGCCUACUCAGAUUGUCCCUGAAAGAGUACUGGCAGACUUGCUGAGGUCUAUGCAUUCAAUGAGAGAAAAGUUUGCAGUUCCAUCCUAUUGUUCCUGCACUGACAGCAAUACCCACAACCCCAGCACGACCACUACCAAUGGACUCCCAACACUUUCAGACAGAGAUCAGAGUGACUUGAAGAGCCAUUACAACCCAGAUCAGCAGAAGAAUUUGCAUGUCACCGUGAAAGCGCACACUGAUAAAAGAGAGAAGGCAGGGUGUGAUAGUAUGGAAGCUCACAGUAGGAAGUCCACGAGCCCUGAGCAAGGAUCAACAUUGCGUGACCUUUUGACCUCUACAGCUGGGAAAUUACGUCUUGGGUCCACCGGAGGUGCCUUUGCACCAGUUUACAACUUGUCCGAACAGGUAGCCCAAAACACUCGCGUACCCAACAUCCUGGACGACAUCAUUGCUUCAGUAGUAGAAAAUAAGUUUCCCGCUACAAAGAUGGUCAGGGUGGGGCUGAAUCAUGAUUCGCUGCCAGAAGGAGAACUGGGGCAGCAGUCAGAGGGGGUGAAGCUUGAAGAAAGCCCAUUGGCUGACUCCCACACCGUAGUCCCUCACGAUUGGCUAGGAAACCACCGGCUGCUUUGGCUCAAAGAUCACCGUCACCAAGGCAACCAAAGACUGUUCAAAGAGAACUGGACACAAGAACAGCCAGUGCUGGUGUCUGGAUUGCACAAGAGCUUGAAGGCUGAUCUGUGGAAGCCUGAGCACUUCAGCCGUGAGUUCUCCAGCCUUCAUAGUGACAUCUACAACUGCAGAGAUGGGAGCGUCACAAACUCCAAGGUCAAGGAGUUCUGGGAUGGUUUUGAAGAUGUGUCAAAGAGACCUAAAUCUGAUAAAGGGGAGUCGGUGGUGUAUAGGCUGAAAGACUGGCCAUCAGGGGAGGAGUUUUUGGCCCUCAUGCCUGCCAGAUAUCAUGAUGUGAUGAAGUGUUUGCCGGUACCAGAGUACACAGACCCCGAGGCUCAUCUGAACCUGGCCUCACAUCUGCCCUCCUUCUUCAUUCGACCCGACCUUGGUCCUCGGCUCUGCUGCGCCCACGGUGUAACAACAUGUCCAGAACAAGACUUCGGGACCAGUAAUCUACAUGUUGAAAUAUCAGACACCAUGAGUAUUUUGGUAUAUGUCGGGGUGGCCAAAGGAAACGGAGCACCAUCCAAAGCAGGGGUAUUAAAGCUCUUGGAAGGAGAAGUUCUGGAUGAGAGUGUAAAGAAACGACUGAAAGACCCUAAUGAGAUGCCAGGUGCUCUGUGGCACAUCUACAUGAGUAAAGAUCUACAAAAGAUACAGGAAUUUCUACAAAAGGUUGCUGCUGAGCAGCAGGUUGAAGCGGAUCCAGAGGCAGACUCGGACUCAGAGUGGGACGGUGAUGCUGACCCCCUGCGUGAAGGCUGGUAUCUGAGCCCCAGGUUGAGGCAGAAGCUUAAGGAUGAAUAUAGCGUAGAGAGCCGCACACUCCUCCAGUUCCAUGGAGAUGCUGUUAUCAUCCCUGCUGGAGCCCUACACCAGGUGAUGAAUCUGCACAGUUGCAUCCAAGUGAAUGUGGACUUUGUGUCCCCUGAACAUGCGCACAACUCCUAUUAUCUGACCCAAGAGCUCCGUCCUCUCAAAGACCAAGUGAACUAUGAAGACAAACUCCAGGUGAAGAACAUCUUCUAUCACUCUGUGAAAGGUGCUGUAGCCACAUUGAGGAACCAUGUGAAGAAGAACACAGCUGAUGUCACACAGGAGGAGUUCUGACUAUGCAUCUCCUCCACCUCCUCUGUUCAAACCCUUGGAGCAUAAAGACAAUCCCAAGAUUCUCCGUGAAGAAACCUCUGUUCUUAGACUUGAUUCUAACUAAAUGGACACUCUGCAAGGGUCUGUAACUUCCUCUGUGAUUUCAUGGUCUUCUCUUUGAUUUUAUUCUCUGUUUGAACUUCCCCAUCGUGUUUUCCUGCAUGGACAGGAAGCGGAGUAAGGGGUGGAGGUGUGACAUACACAGAUAAAAGUAGUACACGGUUGAUGUGACGCUGUGUUUUUGACAGUUGGAGAGAGCAGCUGCCAAACUGACAGCUUUUAUUAUGUUUAAGCAACAUUAAAUUAUUUGCAGUUUGGCAAAUAUUCACUGUGCAGAGGGAGAAUAUUAAUGAAAUUGCAGUUUAUUCUGUUUGUUUAAAGAAAAAAAAAAAAACAAGAUCGUGUGAAAUUUCAGCUGAAAUGUAAUAUGUAAAUAGCAGAAUAUACAUAUACUGUAUAAAUAUAUAUAUUAUGAUUUUCUAUAACAUGGUGUGCUUUAUUUGCUGUAUGUGUUGUUUGCUACUGUAUGUACAUUGAAGUUUAACAGAUGUUUUACAUUUUCCAUUAAAAAUGGAAUGAUCAAAAUUGAUUUGUUUGUCAUGACCAUUUAUGUGAUGAAUUCAUGUCCAAAAAAAAUUACUUGAUUGUCUAGGUUUUUAUUUAAAGGGAUAGAUCACUCAAAAUUGAAACUUUUUUUUUCGUUUAUUUACUUAUCCUGGUGUUGUUCUAAUGCUGUAUGAUGUUUAUUUUUCAGACCACAAAAGAAGAAAUUAAGAGAAAACUUCCUGUAUAUUGUCAAUAUAAUGGAAUUUAAGUGAAUAAUAACCAGAUUCAAGCUUUAACAAAACGAUGCAAAAGAAUCCCAGUGUUCUAAGGGUGAAAAACAAACCUGAAUUUAACAUCUGUGUGUUAAUGAAACUGUACCACCCAAUGCUCAUGUAAAAAAAAAAAAAAAAAAAAAA